AAAGAGUGAGAGAGAGAGAGAGAGAGAGUUGAGUACUUCUGAGAAGAGAGAAAUCAGAAAUGGUUCAGAGUUGUACAGAAGAGAUAAGAAGGUUGAAUAGAUGAGGGCCCCAGAUAGCACAAGGAGAAAGGCUGCCUGUAAAAAUCAAGGCCACAUUAGAGCAUUCAGCCUUGGUAGGAGAGAGAGAGCGAGCGAGAGAGCUUCUUUUCUAUGUGUAGAUUCAGCGCGUGCAAGCAAAAAAGGGGAUGCUAGGACCUUUGAGAAGAGGCAGUCCCUAGUAUGAGAUCACCACCUGCGCCUCUUCUUCCUUCUCGCAUCAGAAGUUACCGAACUCCAUGGGGGCAACCGAUGAGGUCGCAGAGACUGAGCAGAACAACAAUGUUGAUGGUGGCAAAGAUGAUGAAGAUGAGAGUGGUGGUGGUGUUCAUGAAGAGAAAGAAAAUGAGGACCAACAUGAAAAUAAGGACAAUCAACAGAGUCAGUUGUCCGUGGCAAGACUGCAAUCUCCGUCGCCUGCUCCUCCUUUACAAGUGGUAGUUAGCCGUGAUGCUCCUCAGGCUACCCCCCUUUCAGUGAUCUCCUCUCAAGCUACUCCCCUCUCAGUCCCUUUCUCCACUCCUCAGGGAUCAAUUGGAAGCAGAGCUGCUAGUUUGAACAGGACGGCGUGCACCGACGGUGUGACCUUAAUGUUUUUCAUCGUUCACUUACUUGUUGUCCUUGUGGCCAUGAGCUAUUUCACCAUGAAAGCCAUACAGCUCGCCAUAAGAGAUGGGAAGCAUAUGGUUCUCUUACAGUAUUGGGUGCCCCAGAUAUCUGUAGCGGCGUUUGCUGCCUUUGUUUUCGCAACAGUGUGGCAACAAUGCAUCAGGAGAUGGCCAGGGGAGAUGGUGAGGUUAAUUCUGUGGAGUGGAUGUGGCAUAAACUUUGUUGCAGGACUGCUUCUCAUUUGCUUCUCCAUCCCUGCUUGUGCUGGGGCGGGCUUUGUUCUGUUGUUCUUCUCAAUAUGCCAGGCGCUCUACGCUUGUUGGGUGAACCCCAGAAUAGAGUAUGCCAUGAGAAUCCUAAGGAAGGCCAUGGAAACCUCUUCAAAGUUCCCACAGCUAUCUCGUCCCUGUUAUUCGAUUCUUUUCAUAGCCCUUGUCUGGGCUUGCCUCUGGGGUUUGACUGUAGUUGGGGCACUCAGCUUCUAUUUCCCACCUCUUACAAUCAUAGGUCUAAUCCUUAGUCUUGCUUGGACCAUGGAGGUGCUGAGAAAUAUAGUAGUUAUAACAGUAAGCAGAGUUAUUUCAUUAUUUUACCUGAGGGGUAUGCAGGCAAGUGUUCAGUUUUCAUUCCAUAGGGCUAUAACCAUGACUCUAGGAACUGCCUGCUUGGGCUCCCUGUGUGUUCCAACCAUUGAAGCACUAAGGAUCAUUGCCAGAGCGCUGAACUUGUUGGAAGGGGAGGAUGAGUUUAUGUUCUCCUGUGCUCACUGCUGCUACAGAGUCAUGGAGGUCAUCUUCCGAUACGGCAACAACUGGGCCUUCGUCUGGGUUGCGACCUAUGGGAGGGGGUUUGUGAGUGCCUCAAGAAGCUGCUAUGAGCUGUUUCAGAGGAAUGGCAUGGAGCCCCUGCUUGACUCAGACAUCACUAGCUCGCUCUGCUUUCUUAGUGGAGUUUCCACAGGGUCCCUUUGUGUGAUAAUUUGUGGGUCCUGGACCUUCAGUAUAAGAAGGGAUUUUACUGUAACAGUUUCACUCAUCUCCUUUUUCAUUGGGUACCUUAUGACACGGAUAAGCUUGGCACUGCCACAGGCCUGUGUUAGUGCUUACUACGUGUGCUAUGCAGAGAACCCACAAAGUAGGUUCUUUGAUCAGACAAUACCUGAAAGAAUGGAGCUGAUAGCUAAUGGAGGGGACAAGACAGCAGUUCGGUUGACAGCAUAUUCCAGAUAGCCAUUAAAGCAAACACUUGGUGGCAUCUAUUUUUACACAUUUGGAGGUGGGGGUGCACAUGGCCCCAUGAGAAUGUGCCAAAGGAAUUGGCCCUCUCAUUACAGGUAAUUGUGGGUCCGAUCAAUUAAGGCGUUCAACAUGGCCCAAGAAGUCGAGAGGCGGCUGUUAGGUAGUCCGAUCUGAGGGAGCCAUGAGCGUUGAAGAGAUCUACAGAGGUUUUCAGACCUCUGUUUCUUUUUAUCUUGGCACUAGAAAAGGUCCAAUUCGCGUUAGAAAUGGACACUUCCAAAGUCGAUUCUAAAGAAAAAUCAAGCUUCAUGUGGAUCGUAUCCGUUGAAAGAUCAUGUCAUGACGCCAAUGAAGAAGACAACUGUGUGGACUUGCGCCAUGUAACGAUGGUGGACGACGGCGACGGUGGGAGCCUUCUUAGAAAGGCUAACAGCUUCCAAGACAGUGAUGAUGGCGGUGAAUGGAAGGGACGACCAUGGUGGUAGUGCUGGAACAAGAUUUCCUACUUGUCAAUUUUCGCGAGAGAGGAGGGUCCCGUGCCUUGCACAAAGAUUCCAUCUCUCUCCACGACGCCAUUUGUCGCUUUCCAUCUUUCUUGAUAUUAUUGGCCGCCAUAGUUACCUCCUCUUUCUUUAAUAUCGACCUUACGCGACAGAGUCGUGAUUGUAAAAAUUCUUUUGUCCGAGAGCAGUUCGACCAAUUAAAGUAAUCCUUUUUCCAUUA